GGAAAAGAAGCAUCAAAUACUCUUCCAAAAUGAUGAUUAACAUCAUCUUACUUGUCGGGAUGGUCGCAUUUCUAUCCAUGACCCAAUCAAAUGCUUAUAACUGUGACAAUGCCUUCCAGCGUAUUCCCAAUACCCCCAACUCUGUUGCGUGCCAAAACGGCCUCGAGGCGCUAUCAUCUUGGGUAUUCUCAGGUUGUGUGCGCGCCCCAACAGGUCGGGUCCAAUACCGAGUCCAAGUAAAGGAAUUUACUGUCAAUACUCCGCUUAAAAGAAUUGAGAUUUUGGGUCACAAGUUUUGGCCAAAGACCAACGUCCUGUCCCCUUAUUUAACGCCAUACCACUGCCCCAUGAGUCACGAAAACCUGCGGAGGGCUACUUGCCCCGAGAACAAAUGUGACCCCAUCUAA